AGAGAAAAACAGAAAAAUAGACAAUAUUAUUAGAAAUCCUUAGGUAAAAGUCCACAAUUUAAGUACUAAGCACAUUUUGUAUUUAGUUGAAUAUUUUUAUUGUACACUCACUUGGUUCAAGAUGCUCUGCGAUGUAACAGUACCCAUGAGGAAUUGAGUCCUUAUCUGAAAUAAUUUGAACAUCUGACACCACCAUGCCACCAGUUAAAUCCUGUAAAAGGAGAGUUAAAGUUGACACAUACCAUGCAGUAGUAAUUUAAUCAAACUAUUUCUAAUCUGAACAUUUGGGAGAUGACCUUGCUGUAACAAAGAUAGUAGCCAGACUUCAUUGCAAAGCUACGUGUAAAAUUGGCCGCGGCUCCAUCUUCUGUUAAGCUUAUCUGCAAAAUAAAAUAUAAAUAUACAAAAAACAUGAAAUGUACAAUUUCUGAAGCAAUUAUAAAAAAGGUGAACAUGUGAGAAUAUAGUAGACAUAUUUCUUCAUCCACAAUGGGAUAAGCAAUGAAGCAACUUUAAAGUCUACACACAGUCCACACUACUGUUUCUUAUGUAAAUGUGAUGAGACAUGUUUUAUUUUUCCUGCCCCUGAGAAUGAUAUCUGUUGUCGGCCAUAUCCAGAAUAAUAUCUUGUAUUUCAUGCAAUGAUAUCUGUAUUAUUUAUCCUAAUUACUGUUAAAUGUGUUCUUACCAGUGUGAAAUCUUUGGGACAAGUGCUGGUAUUGGAAGUCCAGGCAACAGCUGUGACUGGUCGUACCUCUCUGUGUGGAAUUACUAGGGACAUCUGGGUAAAGAGAACAACAAAAAAGUGUCCACUCUGUCAUAAAUGCCAUACUAAACACGAUGUCUGGUCAUAAUGGACAUUCUCAUGAGGGUGUGAGCGACCAUCAUAUCCCAGAGCAGCCACAGCGGGACAUAGGAGAGCUCCUCCAGCAGAUAAUGGUCAUCACUGAGGACAGCCUUGAUGAGGCCCAAGCCAGGAAACAUGCAUUAAACUGUCACAAACUGAAACCUGCUCUCUUCAGCGUCCUUUGUGAAAUUAAAGACAAGACAGUGUGUCGCACUCUCUUGGAUUUUUUUCUUGGUGAUAUUUUUCUGUAAGUCUUCUACUGGCGGCCAUGAUGAUUUUUGUUGAUGAAGGCCUCCAAAUAUUCAGAUCCUGAAAAGGCUAGAGGAAGCUACUACUGGAGAAGCGUCAAACAUCAGACGCUUUUGACUGACAAAAUGAUGGGAGCAACAGGAUCCACUAAUCUGGGUGAUUAACUUUAGGAAUUUGACAAAAACGUGGUGCUGACAAAGCUGUUGAUAUUAAUUACAUUAGUAAACUGAGCAGACGCAACAGCUGAGAAACUGACCUAUUUUCAAGAUAAUUUUUUGUAAUAAAUAUAUAUUAGUUAUUCUUUUGAAUAUUAAGCAGCCAAGAUCAACAAUGAACUGUACAAAGUGUUUUGUUCUACUUCAUUACUCCCAGCACUUUUAACAAAGUUUCAACUAAUAUUUUAAGGCUUCCUGAAAUAAUUUUGAUACACUAGAUGACUAUGAAAAUGGUAGGUAAGGUAAAUUUUACCUCAGUAUAACCCUUAUCUUUCUUUAUGAAUGUUUAUGUAAAUGUGCCGCUGC